AUUGUCUCUCGUUUUACCAUUUCUGUUACUACUUAUUGAAAUUUUAGUAUUAUCGUUUUUUCCACUCUUUUCUAUUCUAAUUAAUUUUGCAUACAUAUUGUUCUUAAAAUCAUGUGAUGCAGCUUAAAAGUGAGUUCCUUAUAAUUUACGUUUUUGGAUUGGCCACAAUGGGUCUGAUGAUGGGCAUCGCCUGUGUGGUGAUUCCCCGAUUGUGGUUCUUUCUGGAGAAGGUUUAUAGGGUUUUCGUGGAGUACACUCCCAUCAUUUACUUAAGUGAGGAUCGCCUGUCGCCCGUUUCCAAAAGCCGACUGAGUCUCGUGGCCAGGAAGACACUUGUCCUGGACAUGGAUAACACCAUGAUCACGUCGUGGUUUAUAAAGAGGGGAAAAAAACCGAAGAAUAUACCACGAAUUGCGCAUGACUUUAAGUUCUACUUGCCGGCCUAUGGAGCCACCAUCUAUGUCUACAAGCGCCCCUAUUUGGAUCACUUCCUCGAUCGCGUAUCCAAGUGGUACGACCUGACUGUCUUCACAUCCGGAGCCGAGAUAUAUGCCUCUCCGAUUCUCGACUUUCUGGACAGGGGACGUGGCAUCCUAAACAGUCGCCUCUACCGGCAGCAUUGCAUAGAACAGUUUGGAAAGUGGUCCAAGUCCGUACUGCUGGCCUGCCCGGAUUUGUCCAAUGUUGUGCUGCUGGACAACUCCAGCACGGAGUGCAGUUUCAAUGCGGAAAACGCCAUUCUCAUCAAGUCCUAUGAAAUCGGCUGUCGCGACGAGGCCCUCAUCAAUUUGUUACCUUUUCUGGACGCCCUGCGAUUCAUGAAGGAUGUGCGAUCGAUGCUCAAACGUUGCACUCGCUUCGAAAGUUUUGCUCAGUGAGAUGAUGUUGGUUGUUUGUUUUUUUUUUUUCUUUUUUUGGGUUCUAUUCAUUUAUUUGUUAAAUUUUAAAGCACUG